AUGCAUAAUGAAUAUUUCGUGCAAGUCAACGAAGUAUCAUUGCGCAGCGUCGUGUACAAGGAGCUGCCGUCGGCCGAAGCGAACCUCUACGUCCGUGGACACAUCAACCUGGUGAACGCCGACUGGCAUCACGCGCGUCUGGAGGAUAACCACGGAGAGAAUAUAUGUGUCAUCGAAGAACACUUGAGCUUCCCAGCCUUCGAGGGAUGCACCGGGGAGAACGUCGGCUGGAUGAGGCUGGUAGUGAGUGAAGUUGGUCCAUCUACCUUUCAGAGGAUCGCUCAUCUGUGUUACAUCGUUUUUAAGAGACCUCCCGAAAUCGUGUACGGCGUGUAG